CCGUUUUGAGAACUCAAAAUGAAAACAACAUUGACUCGGUUCAUUUACGCGUUAUUAGUUUGCGUCGGACUCAUCGUGUGCUCUAACGCCGAUCCACCAAAUGUUAAAUUAAUACAACAUUAUCUGGAAUCACAAAACAAUAUACGAAGCAAUUAUUUGAGCGACAUCAAUGAUUCGACUGCCUUGUUUCGCGAGAUUGAUCGAGAAAUUCAAAAUUUGAUUGAACUGCGAUACACUAUUCGCCGUCAUAUAAGGAGCAAAGCUUCCCAAAUGCUUGCUAACUCCUUGAACAAAGAUGAUGAGUCUCAAUUGAAUUCAGCGCGUCAGGUAGUUGAAACGCUCUUAAAGAAAUAUGAAAUUCCUUUAAGUGAAGACAUAGUUCACGAUGCUUUAGAAGAAGUUUACAACGAAGUGACACCUACUAAGCUGGUGGAUCGUAUAUGGGAUGCUAUGCAAAUGAAUGACAAGCAAUCUUUUGAACUGACCGUACGAUCACAAUUGUCAUUAUUUUGGUUACAUCAAGGCAAAGGUACAGCCGAUAGGGAUUAUUUAAAAAAAGUUAGUUAUUAUAUGUAUCAAAUUAUAAAUCAUCCUUUAUAUGCGACAAUCGAUCAGUCGCUUAAAUCCCGUGUGGAAAGGUGCUUACAGCUGCUACCAACUGCUUUGAAUAGUCUACUGUUUGCUUCAAAAUUCUGUCUAAUGAGUGUGCAGCAUUCUGAGUAUGUUUAUACGGCAAUGGAAGCUAAACUUGAUUCUGAUAGCCGUUACAUAUGGGUUUGGCAUGAGAAACGAUUUAUCGAUGACACGGGUCAUAUUAAAGCCGCAGUAUUGAAUGACCCAAACCAAGCAUUCUCCAAUUUAAGAGUAACUCUAACGGGUGUUAAGUAUAAUCUUUAUUAUUAUCGCAGGUCAAAUGGAAAUGUUGUCGCUGGUUGGGAAUCCUCUGCCCCGCCGCAACAGCAUGAAUGGGACGUUCAAUUGGUGAAUGAUGAUACGGUUGUAUUCUCCCAAAACGGUUACUUAAUGUGCUCAGGUAUUAAUCACGAUGGCCAGCGGAGGAAUAUCUAUGGAUUCCAAGAUAACAAUCAUUCCCCUCAAACUCGUGUCUGCCAGUGGAAAAUUGGAUCCUGUGAUCGUCGUUAAUGAGUAAAAAUUUCAAAUAUUCCUUGUAUAACACGUAAUCUUUAUAAUGUCAAUAAAAAUUAUGAUAUAAAAUGACGACGUACAUCAGCGU